ACCGAGUCAAUCUACAGUUCUCCAUCUACCUCAUACAAAUCCAAGUCAACAGACCACCAUGGUAUUCUAUGCUCACCUUCACCAACGCCAGCCCGGCAAAUGGCCCGGACACUGGCACCGAUACCUGGUGACAGCGACCAAUGCCACAGAGGCGAGGCGAUUCUUCACCGGACUGCACAAAUACACCCGGACCUCGAAUCCGACGCUGAAACAUAUCGAGGCCGAGAAUCUGGAAUGGUGGAACUUUGAGUCUGAUGACGGCUGGUGCAUCAAGAACAUCUACACCAGCAUCAACGAGCAGAAACCAUCCGAAUACAACAAUGUGCAAGAGUUGACCGACUGCCGCAAGACGAUCCUGCUCACGCUUCUGCAUGACCAUGAUGGUAGGAUCUGGCCGAUUCUUCCUUGCCAGAGUGAGCAGUGUGCUCAGUACGCUGACAUAAGGAACGUUUGA